AACAGCCAGUCACUUUGGGGAAAUCAGCAGGUAUAAACCAAGAAGCAUUGGCAAGCCAGCAGCCAAUGGAAUGGGCUGGACACAAGUUGUCAGCAGACAAGCAACAACUUAGACAUGGCCACAGAGACCCACAUGCCAGAACCCAUGUGCCUCAUUUGGAAGACCGAGGACCAGCUAGUGGCUAAUGAGGAAGCCCUGAAGAUCCUAGCUGCCAUCACAGAGCCAGUGGUGGUAGUGGCAAUCGUCGGCCUUUACCGAACAGGCAAAUCCUACCUGAUGAAUAAACUGGCUGGGAAAGAGAAAGGCUUUUCUGUUGGCACCACUGUGCAAUCUCACACUAAGGGAAUCUGGAUGUGGUGUGUGCCUCACCCCCAGAAGUCAGGCCACACCCUGGUUCUGCUCGACACUGAGGGUCUGGGAGAUGUGGAAAAGAUUGAUGACAAGAACGAUGCUCAGAUCUUUGCACUGGCAAUCCUUUUCAGCAGCACCUUUGUUUACAACACCAUGAACAAAAUUGACCAGGGGGCUAUCGACUUGUUACAGUAUCCUUUUAUGCAUCAUUUUUUUUUUUUUGUCUAUUUAAAGAGCCUACUAAGCGCAAAGCAGGAUGAGAUGUGUAAGAAAAAUGUGGAAGCUUCUGCAGGCCACUGCUCAGCCCUACUUCAGAGCAUUUUUAAGCCUCUGGAACAAGAAGUGGCACAGGGAAUCUACGCUAAACCAGGGGGCCACACUCUCUUCCUUCAGAAGAUGGAACAGCUGAAAGCACAGUACCACCAGCAGCCAGGGAAGGGAACACAGGCUGACGAAGUGCUGCAGAAAUAUUUGAAGGACAAAGAACCACUGAGCAAUACAAUUCUACAAACAGACCAGGCUCUCACAGCCAAGGAGAGGCAGAAGAGAGAGGAACAAGAGAGAGAGGCAGCUGCAAGGGCUGAGGCACAGAGGUUGAAGGCCAUUCUUAUCAAGGAAGAGGAAAGGAGAGCCGAACAGGAGAGGCAGCAUCAGCAGCAACUGCGACAAAUAGAGAUCGACAGAGCAAACUUCCUGGCGAAGCAAGAGAGGAUCCGGAAACAGAGGAUCCAGGAAGAGGCUGAAAGGAUCAAGGCAGAACAGGAAGCUCGGCUCAGAGAAAUUCAACAACAGCAUCAAAGGGCUAUGGAGAUGAGCUACCGCUCCAGUAACCACUGUAUCUUAAGCUAAUACACCAGACCCCAGGACUUCCCUUUCUUAUUGCUCCUUACAGAAGACACAAAGGAACAGGAGACUAAAGGACUUGAGACAAGCAGUAGUUCAGAAGCCCGAAAUGCCCCCUGUCUGACUGCCAUAUUUGUUUCGAGAUAUUUUAAGAUACUCAGGGGUUGUUAAUCAAGGAGAGCUUGACCAACAUCUUGCACUCACAUGGUAUCUUUCUUGUGGGUGGCGAUGGGAAAGGUACCAAUGAGAAAUCAGAAACAAUGCGUGUUUCUCAAAUGGGUGGAGGCCACUGGUCCGUGGGCAGUGGGCUGGCCACCCGCAGGUUCUUUCUCCUCUCCUUUUCUUUGUUGGGAACCCAAUCAUAUUAUGGUCAACCUUGUCACAUGCCCAGCUAUCAUGUCACUCACACUUAGAGGUAGAUUUGUUCCUUAGAUUGUCGUCUCUGUCAUGUCCACAUUCUGUCUUUUGUUACAUUCAUUAAAGAAAUUCUUCAUCACUAAUACUGUGGUUUUGAUGCACAGAAUUACCCUUUGGCUCUGUCUUUUUUCAUUUUUCUUCCUUAAAGUCUACACCUGCCCAUGCAUAUUUCUCACUUUUUACCAGAUUUUUUAAACAUAGUAAUCCUACUGAUUUUUAAAUCAUGUUAAUGAUUUAACAUUUUAAUGAUUUAAAACUUUAAAAAUUUAAAUUAUUUCUGAUCCUUCUAAGUCUGUCUCUAUUCCUGGGUCUAUUUGCUUUAUCUCUUUAAAAUAAAAGCUGUACUUGGUUUUUCUGUGUGUCUCAAAAACAUUUUAAUUAACUGUUGUCCAUUUUUGGUGACAUAACUAAGAUUGUAGAUUUGUGCUUGGACUGUGCAUCCCCACUUUAUAUUAAGAUGCCUUUGGCAAACUUUGGCUCCGGUAGCUGU